GGCAAAAAUCCUAUGCGCUAGGUUCAUUGCUUUGCCUGAGUUGCAGGUGGAAUUGCUGAGAAGCCAGAGAUGUAUUCAGCUAGUCAAACUGAAGAUCCAGCCACAAGUCUCUUCCGGGAGUAUCUGAAGAUUCAAACAGUGCAGCCAGAUCCUGAUUACGAUGGAGCAAUGAAUUUCCUGACUCGGGUGGCAGAGGACAUUGGGCUGGAAAGCAAGAAAAUAGAGUUGUCCUCAGGACGUGUUAUACUCGUACUAACCUGGCGAGGAACAGAACCCCAACUCAGAUCAGUAAUCCUCAACUCUCACAUGGAUGUGGUUCCAGUAUUUGAGGAAUCCUGGAUGUACCCACCAUUUUCUGCCCAUAAAGAUAAAGCCGGUAACAUCUAUGGGAGAGGGGCACAGGACAUGAAGUGCGUUUCGAUUCAGUACCUGGAAGCUGUGCGCCGGCUAAAAUCUAUGGGACGAUGCUUCCCACGCACCAUCCACCUCACUCUAGUUCCAGAUGAAGAAAUGGGGGGCAAAACUGGAAUGGAGCUAUUUGUAAAACACCCAGCGUUCCAAGCACUUAACCCUGGAAUCGCUCUAGAUGAAGGACUUGCAAACCCGUCAGAGGAAUUCAGUGUUUUCUAUGGGGAGAGAUGUUGCUGGCGUGUGACAGUUCACUGUAGAGGAGACACAGGACAUGGUUCCCGUCUAAUUGAAGACACAGCAGCAGCCAAAUUUUAUUCAGUGAUUUCAAGUGUUCUGGACUUCAGAGAAAAAGAGCGAAACAGACUAUUGUCAGACCCUAACCUUACCCUCGGAGAUGUCACUUCUGUGAACCUGACCCGAGUCAGUGGGGGAGUCGCACACAAUAUUGUGCCAUCUGAGAUGAAGGCAGACUUUGACUUUCGCAUACCAUAUACUGUAGAUUUCAAGGAGUUUGAGCAUCAGCUGGAGAGUUGGUGCCGAGCCGCUGGAGAAAAUGUGACUUUAGAGUUUUACACGAAAACAAUGAUCCAGAAAGUAACUUCUACAAAUGAUUCCAAUCCUUGGUGGAAAGCAUUCAGCACCCCACUGAAAGAGAUGGGUUUAAAGUUGAAGCCUGAGAUUUUCCCUGCUGGUACCGACAGUCGUUUUGUGCGAGAGGUGAAUAAAACAUGCAAAACUUUCUCUGUGAUUUACUGUUUGAAUUUUCUAUGUUGUAAUUCCUAGAUCUUCUAUACAAUUUCAGACCUACUGUAUAGUAUCACGCUGCCUGUAUCAAUACUGUAAUACAGUGUCCCUCUUUUGCCCUUACAUAUACUGAUUGCCCUCAUUGUGACGUCCAUCAUUGCUCACUUACCCAUGGCCAUAACAUUUCUUGAUAUAUUUACACUGUUAAUAAAAUGAAGAAUUCCUUUAUUACAAAAAUGUUGGCAUUGGAAAAGGAGAUAGAAUCACAAAUACUACCACCACACUCCAGGUAAUUGGCCAAAUAAACUAGGGCACUUACUACACCUCUUUAAGAAGUCUGGAGUCUCACGUGGUCCAGUACAUUUGAUAGAAAUGUGAGCUGAAUGGGCAAGGCUUCCUUAAACCCAUACAAUGAAAUAAACAAUGCCUGGCAGGACGACAGAUAUUACAGUAAAAGGCAGACAAGUACUAUGGCGGGUUUACUACAACAUAAGGGUAAACAAAACUCCUUACAUCUGUUCAGUACCACUGUAGCAAUAGAUCCUGCAGGUAGGAUCUACAAAUGUACAAUACUUUGCAGUUAAACUGCAGUGUAUUGAAUAUUAGACUCUAUGGGGCUCAUGUACAAGAAAUGGGGAUAGA